CUCAGGCAUUAUCCGGGGAAGCCGCGCGGCCCCGGGGUGCGCGGCGCGGGGCGGAGCCUGAUGCGGGCGGGGACGUGGCCGGAGCGGCUGUAGCGGAGCGUGUGUGAGACCGCGCCGAGCCCGAGCCAGUACUACCGCCAUGCCCGGGCCCAACCCCAGCGCUACCAGCGUCGGCUCCUCCGGCCGCUCCCCCAGCAAGGCUGUGGCUCCCCGCGCCGCCGGAUCCACCGUCCGGCAGAGGAAAAAUGCCAGCUGCGGCACAAGGAGUGCAGGCCGUGCCACGUCCACAGGGACUGGUGGGAUGUGGCGGUUCUACACUGAGGACUCGCCAGGGCUCAAAGUUGGACCUGUUCCAGUUUUGGUCAUGAGUCUUCUUUUUAUUGCUUCUGUGUUUAUGCUGCACAUCUGGGGUAAAUACACUCGUUCCUAGACUCAGCUGCCAACUUAAAGCAUACAUCUUGGACCAAAACUAUGGUGGAUCCUGGUUGUUCUUGGAGAGAGACUGGGGAAGCUUCCUAUCACCUGUUGAAGUCCUGUCAACUUUGGCUAUAAUACCGAAUUAAUUUCUCAGUUUGCUACUUGGGCAGCUUUAAAGCCUGUCAUGGGUCAUUUUAUAUUUGUAUCUGUACACUUAGAAUACAGGUAUUGCAAUAAAAUUGUAUAUGGAAAUAGAAACA